AUGAAAUAUAUUCAGCCUUCAAUGUUUCAAAUUUCACAGAUUUACACCAGUAAACGUUACGCUCGGCCAGUAGAGACCAGCAAAUCAGAGCAAAUCAAUAAAUCUAGGGCUUAUAAUAUCUUAAAGAAGAUCGUCCUUGGAUAUUUGACAUAUCUUAUGACUGUUCGCCCAAUUCCUCGAUGUGAAAGCAAACAUAGUCUAUUUUGGCGCUUACUGGAAAAGGAGUCAGAGCCACGUAUCAAGUCGGAAUACAACCUUUUUUUUUCUGUUCGCUAUCUGAAUGAUACUUCAUACAUAGCGGUGCGCACCACUAUCUUCCAAUGUGUUUACACUGCUAUUAAAUGUAUUGAUGUUAAAGGGAACAGAUGGACCAAAGUUAUUAUGAUCUUAUUCAUGAAUAUGGCGAUUCUCCAUACUAUGUCUCUCUGCUUUCUGCACAAACAGCUAGCGGCAUUUAGUAUUCUUUACGACAAAAAUAUUGACAUUGGAUCAUAUAACGUUGUUGAGUCUUGCAUAGGAUAUGAGAGCCUGUAUACUGAAACUGGGACGUAUGCGAAUAACGAUGUUUCUGAAGAGAGGGAUAUUUCAAUGAGUAGUAUUGAAGCCACGACGAAGAUUCUCUACAAAGACAGUUUCUUAGAAAAACGUACACAGUGUGAUACAAUGGCUUGUGCUGGCAUGGAUUCUGAAUCCAAUGCUAUUAAUUCUUGUGAAUUUCUUCAGGAAUAUUGUAUCCAGCAAGGGUUUGACAUUGUAUAUUUUACUUUUAUGUCUCAUUUAUAUCAUUGGAUUUAUUGGCGCAGGAUGUGUAUUUACUGCAACUGUGCUAGGCUUUACUUUAUAUAA